GGCGUUGGACCACGAUUGCAGUUUAGGACUUCGCUUGUUACGAUUAUUCUAUUUUUCUUGUAGCGGGCUCUAGCACCAGCAGUAGCAUUUGAGGAAGAGCAGAAACAGAUACACACGUACAUCAUGAGCAGAUCUCCAGCCUGUUCUGUGCACGAAUUGUGCUCCGGAACGAAGGACGGCCUGUAUCUUGCGCAAUUUUCUCCGUCGGCGGACUUCAUUGCGGCCUCGGAUGGUAGUGGUUGCAUUCACGUGCUGCAGCGGCAGAAGUCGAGUUCUUCGUCCUCCAGCCUCUCGGGUGAAGAUUAUAGGGUCGAUUACGUACCGUUUAAGACGCCACUGCAGUGCAGUUCGACGGGCGAUCAGCUGAGCACGUCGGAAAAAGUGGUGAGUGUGGCAUUCAGCUGGCGCCCAGAGAGCGGACAGAUAUCGCAGAAGAGCGUGCUCACUAUGUGUCGGACGGACGGGCACCUACAGCAAUUUCAUGCUGCAACCGGCCGUUCACUCGGCGAGGUCAACGCCUAUGCCGAGGCAGGAAAGACCAGCGACGACGAUGCCGGCACGAGUCUUCCCGCUCUGUUGUGCAUCGACUAUGCACCUGACGGUAAGAUAGAGACGAAGGUGCUGACAGUGAAUAAAUGCAAUUACUUAAGUUAGUGGCGUAUUUUCGAACUUUGGAAGGCUUUGCAGCUCGGAGUUUUCAUCAGUGCGCUAUUUCCGACGCUCCUCCACUUUUUGUUUUCGAUCGGUAUCGCUUCGCUCCCGAAAUCGCUUGAGGUGCCUCUUUUGCAACGGGCGGAAAGGAACCGGAGGUAUUUGUGUUCGACGAAAUGACAAAAAAGAAGCGGCAAACGCUCCAGCGGAGCGACAAAAACGGUGGCGGACACAGCAGUCGUGUCUGCGCAUGCAAGUUCCUUGACGGAAACCUUCUUGCAACCGGGGGCUGGGAUUGCACUUUGCAGUUUUGGGAUCUUCGAAAAGGCUCGCGCAGCAUACAUAGUACGAAGAGCAGUUCUAAUUCUACGUACUACCACUCUUUUGUAGCUUCCGUUCGUAAUGUGAAUGUCGGGAUAUUGUCGAUUUCUCAUCUUCACAUUGCAUCAACAUCAAGCCUCAUAAAUAUGCAGGUGUUUACGGGCCUUCACUCUUGGGUCCUGCUGCGCUGGACGUAAGCGGGUCUGUAAUAGUCGCGGGAAGCUACAGUGAAGGGUCGGGACUGCAAUGCUUUGAUCUCCGACGCAUGGGGCCGGGACUUCAACUUGGAAAACCAGGUAGUCAUUUUCUCUCGUAUGCUGCACUGAAUGUCAUUGCAGCAUCGGCUUCUACUUUUCGCUAGAACAAUGACUAAGCAAAACCGAAGAUAAUAAUAUGCGGUUGUCGUCCCGCUGUCCCUAAACCUAUGUCAAAUGCAAUUUACAGAGCCGUCUGGCGACGCUGGUUUCUCACAACAAGAAGCGCCAGCCGGAAUGCGUGUUACCAGUUGUCAGAUAUCGUCGAAGUCCAGCCUUGCGUUGGGUGGGUUCUGCCGGCGGUCGCAAAGAGGUUUUUUGCGCAUAUCCGAUACGCUCGACCUGCUUUUGGAUUCCCCGUGCACCAGUGCCGUCUUUGCACAAUCGGAGCCACGACUUGUGGCAUGCACUACGCGGGACGGGCAGCUUAGGAUUCUCCAUGUGUAAUGGUAUUCGGGUGAGAGCGGUGAUCUCUCACUCGAAGGUAUGUCGAUUCUGCCUCAACACGAGGCAGAUGUUUUCGUAUUUUCGCAGAGGUUCUGGUGGCAACGUGAACACCCGAUCAUUCUUUCACGCUUCGUGUGUAAUCUCAUACAUUUGCAGCUGGAGCUGCAGAAGGCGAGCGCUGUUCGCAUUGGUAAAGUGAGAAUGAGUAUCCUGAAAGCCAGGCCUGCAGGCAUGCACUCACCUUUGAGUCGUUUUGCAGCGCUGCCUGACGCAUUCUUUUCUCGGCCUGUUUCUUUGGAGGCCACCUAUUGCCGAUCACAGGUUUCAGGGUAAUCGAAGAGGUUCAUUGCCGUAGAUCUUUUCGAUUACAGCUACCGGCGCUCCUGCAACAUUUGAGGAAUUGCACCAGGCAGUUUCGUGUG